CCAUCUCCCCUCAACAACCCCUCUCUGCAACCCCACAAAUUCUCUCUCUCUCUCUCUCUCUCUCUAAACUCUCUCUUUCUACUAAAGCACGCAACGGAUACAUUAAAUUCAAGAACCCGGAUCAAUUUCUUCACAUAUCUUGUUCUGUUUUUUUUUAUAUUUUUCUUCCGGGGAGCAAUAUCAGCUUUCCUUGCCAAGGAAUUUAUAGAUCACUUAUAAUUUGAUUCGACGAAGCCCCACAUAAUUGAUGGUUUAGGACAAGCAUUCGUUGCUGUGUGUAGAAAAAAAUUGAUUCUUUUCCUCAUCAUUUGAUCCAAUUUACUGCAAGAAAUCCCUGAUCUGGUGGGGUUGGAUUCUGUGUCAACCUCAAAAUCCUAAUUCGAACUGCUUCACAAGGAGAUGAGGGAUGUUUUCUUGGUUGGGAAGAACAGCUUCUUCAUGUCUAAGUCCUUUGAGCCAAUAUGCCCGUAUGAACAAGGAUGAUGAAGAGGAGGUUCUUGGAGGGGAGGAUGAUGCUCUUCUCUGGUCUAAAGACCUCGAAAAGCAUUCCCAUGGCGAAUUCUCAUUUGCUGUUGUCCAGGCAAAUGCCGUACUUGAGGAUCAAAGCCAGGUUGAGACGGGUAGACAUGCCACCUUUGUCGGGGUCUAUGAUGGCCAUGGUGGCCCUGAGGCCUCAAGAUACAUCUCCGAGCACCUCUUUAGUCAUUUACUUAGACUUGCCCGGGAAAACGGAGCAAUGUCUGAAGAUAUCCUCAGGAGUGCAUUUUCUGAAACCGAAAAUGGUUUUCUUACUCUUGUAAGAAGAGCUUAUGCGAUUAGGCCAGUGAUCGCAGCUAUCGGUUCUUGCUGUCUAGUGGGAGUUAUCUGGAAAGGGACGGUAUAUGUCGCUAAUCUAGGAGAUUCUAGAGCCGUAAUAGGAUGUUUAGACAGAUCCAAUAAAAUCGUGGCCGAGCAGCUUACCAAAGAGCACAAUGCCAGCAUGGAAGAGGUUAGAAAAGAGCUAAGGAAUUUGCACCCCGAAGAUUCACAAAUCGUUGUCAUGAAGCAAGGGGUAUGGCGCAUCAAGGGCAUAAUCCAGGUAUCUCGAUCCAUCGGGGAUGCUUAUCUGAAGCGACCAGAAUUUGCUCUCGACCCAACAUUUCCACGGUUUCAUCUCCCCGAGCCAAUCCGCCGGCCGGUUCUUCGAGCUGAUCCAACCAUAGUCACGAGACGUUUACAGCCGAAUGACAGAUUUCUCAUCUUCGCAUCCGACGGUCUAUGGGAAUACUUGACUAAUCAGGAGGCUGUUGAAAUUGUUUACAGUAAACCGAGACCGGGCAUAGCUAGAAGGCUUCUUUUGUCAGCAUUGGCAAAGGCAGCUCAGACAAGGCAGAUUCCUUACAAUGAAAUAAAGAAACUCGACCAGGGUGUCCGCAGACACGUCCACGAUGAUAUAACCAUCGUCGUCAUCUUCAUAGACCACACCAUGCUGGAGAAUAAAGACACUUCGCCCGAACUUUCAGUACGCGGAUUUGUGGACACCGUUGGGCCGUCAAAUUUCGAUUUCCCACAAGGGAAGAUCGAUAUGUGAUGCAGCAAGUUUUGGGUGUUUUAUACCCUUCAGGCAACAAAAGUUUUGGGUUCUUCUUCCACAGCUUUCCUCGUCAACCGAAUGGCUUUAUGAACUAACCAAUUUCUGUGCAGUGAGGCUUCUUCUCCACCAAACCAAAUGAUCACUUGUUCAAAGUCCCAAUAAGACAAGACUCAUUGUAGUUGCUUCUUCUUCUGUCUAUUUAGUUUCUGGGCUUGUUUGUAUAGACACCCUGUGAUGAUUUUUAUGAUCGAAAUACUUUCGUGGA